ACGAUGCAAAAAUAGAAAUAUAGCAACAGGCGUGACCUGUUGAUUUAACCUUAUUACAGCAGGGGGAGAGAGCGGCUUGCCGGCAAAUGGGGCACCGAGACCCAGAGUGACGCACAGCUUCAACCCCCAGGAUCCGGUGACAUCCCUUCCUUGUGACAUCGGAACGUUGAUGUAUGGACUACACGAGAAAUAUAUUGCAAGCAUGAAGCUCCAAGCCACACUGUUCGUAGUGGUCGCAGUUUUUGGUGAAGCUUUCUCCGGCAAAUUACUCCUCAUCCUGUUGGACGGCUUCCGCUGGGACUACUUCGACCAAGGUCUGAAUCUGCCUGCGUUCACGGAGAUCUUCCGUCGUGGUGUCCGCGCACGACAGCUUGUACCUGCAUACCCGCCGGUAUCAUACCCUAACCACUACACCCUGCUUACAGGCCUGUAUGUAGAGUCGCACGGGUUUGUGGGUAACGAAAUGUAUGACGUCACAACAGGAAAAACGUAUUCUCCUUGGUUCGACAACUUAACAGCUGCGGACAGGUCGUUUAUGUAUGACGACUCUGAACCGCUGUGGAUCUCUGCAGUGAAACAGAACAAGAGAGUGUACAUGUUCCACUGGGUUGGCUGUGAGGUCACCAUACAGGGGAGACAACCCACAUACUGUCGGCGGCACACCGACGUCCCCUCCAUUGCUGAUCUCAGACGUGACCUUGACGACAGCGUGGAACUCUUCCUCAACUCUAGUGCAGAUCUGGCAGUGGUGUACCACGAGAAGGUGGACGACGAUGGGCACAGGUACGGGCCAAUGACAAGCAAGGUCAACUCGGCCAUACAGGAAGUAGAUGAGGAACUUGGGCGGAUGCUGAAAAAGUUGGCAAGUCCUGACUUAGGCGACACCGUCGAUGUGAUGAUAUUCUCUGACCACGGCAUGACAACAAUAUCGCCGUCGCAGGUCGUCAACGUGAGCCACGUUCUUCCUACGUCGUCUGUUGACGUCAUUCUUAAUGGAUACGGCUCCCACGUGUAUAUCUGGCCUAAGCCAGGCCGUCUCCAGGAGGUUUACAACGCACUCAAGGACUACAGUCCCUACUACACAGCGUACCUGAAAGAAGAUAUUCCCGCCAGGUGGCACUUCCAGCAUCAUAGACGCGUCCCUCCAAUCCUAUUGGCUGCAAAGAUGCCCUGGUAUAUUGACACGCCCAACUUUGGCUACUACGCUUAUGACACUGGGCCUAUGCUUGGAGAACACGGGUUUGACCCUGCACAGGCCGACAUGAGCGGGAUAUUCACAGCAUUUGGGCCAAGCUUUGUCCCAGGUAUGACGUCAGAGAAGCUCCCCAACGUCGACCUGUACCAGAUCAUGUGUAACAUCCUCAACAUCAAGCCUCGUUCUCACAAUGGCACAUGGUCACGUGUCAGUCACAUGAUCAAAGAUGUAUCUGGGAGUCGGCCGUUGCAGAGUGCUCUGACAGUCGUCGUGCUGUGCAUCAUCCUCGCGUUCUUGAACACCUGGUGUCUUCCAAAUCAAUGACACCCUGGCAUUAGGCAAUGGUCACAUAACUAUUUGUUCGUGUAAUUGUGCAUGCAUUUAAAACUAUUAAAUUGCAAAUGUAAAUCACGAUUAGAAAAUUGUUCGUUAGGUAUUUAUCUUGAAUUUGUGUUACGCUUUUUUAUUCAUGAUUAUGAUGUACUGUAGUAUGCAAGGGCCUAUGGCUUAAACCCGAAAUAAACAUGGUUUAAUUUGAUCAAACAUUAUUAGAAGUUCCUAUUGUUUAUGUAACUACCUACAUAUAAAUGCUUGCAUAUUCGUGUAGAUCUGGCUUUGACAUCAUGAAAACUAAAUAGAUCAGAAUAAAUCAUGAUCAAGUUA